AGAAGCGUCGUGACUCGUCCUUACUCUGCAGUCUGCGGUCUCUCCACACCACUCAAUCCUGGACCUAUCCACAUCCACAGCUGUCACCGUCCACAGUCAUCCGUUUAAGGAUAUAUAGUGAUUAUAAAGCAUCGUUUUUUUAUCCACUAGUUUUUUUUAUAUUAAUCUUAGAAACCAUGUCAUCCAACGGCAACCCCGAGUACUCUGCGUUCUUCGCGGUGAUGGGAGCCUCGUCCGCGAUGGUCUUCAGCGCCCUGGGCGCGGCCUACGGCACGGCCAAGAGCGGCACGGGCAUCGCAGCCAUGUCAGUGAUGCGUCCGGAGCUGAUCAUGAAGUCCAUCAUCCCCGUGGUCAUGGCGGGGAUCAUCGCCAUCUACGGCCUGGUUGUGGCCGUGCUCAUCGCCAACAGCAUCACAGAAGGCAUCAGCCUGUACAAGAGUUUCCUCCACCUCGGAGCGGGGCUGAGCGUGGGUCUCAGCGGCCUGGCGGCAGGCUUUGCCAUUGGCAUCGUGGGGGACGCCGGGGUCCGAGGCACGGCCCAGCAGCCCCGGCUCUUCGUAGGGAUGAUCCUGAUCUUGAUCUUCGCUGAGGUCCUGGGUCUCUACGGCCUCAUCGUUGCCCUCAUCCUGUCCACCAAAUAAACGGCCUCUCGUCCGCCCGUAAGGGGCCGCUGGAGGAAGGAAAACAAAAAAAAUACAACGGGAAAAUAUUGUAAAAAUUUCUAACAUGAAGAAAAA